UCCUGAUCGCAGAUUCAUUGCAAAUUCGAUUUCUCAUUAUCAUGAACUUGUUCGCUGCUCGUUUCCGCGUAGUCUUGUUACUUUCACUGCUGGUAGUUACCGUGAGUUGUUAUUGGAAUAAUGGCGUGGAAUCGAAUGAGAAGAGCUACUUUUUCGGAUCGAGAGCCGUCACCGAUGUGCUUUGCUUCAAACGCACGCUGAGCAGAGGAUCGUUGAGUCCUACCAGAGUGGGCUACAAAACUACUACGACCAACAAAAAUAUCACAAUGGUAACGGUGAAUGCGGAGCGAGAAUAUCCCUACGGAUACAAUGUGCUGCUUGAGAGCGGAGCCCUCGAUACGAAUGAAGUGAACUUCAAGUUUAUUGGAAAAAAUCCGUUGCCAUACAAUGUGUUGUUUGAUUUUUGGUGUACACCGUGAUUAGAUCAGAUGGAAUAAUAUAAAACGAGAAAGUU